GCUUCGGCGUCGUACAGUUUGUGACAGACAGACAGAAGCGUUUGAACUUGCAGGAGCAGCCACAGUCUUUCCGGGCAAGGUCAGGCAGAACGUGACGGGGCGGAGGGGAAAGUCGCUCGCUGAAAGACAGGAAGUGGGCAAAUCUUGAGCUGCGUUUACAUUCAAAAAUUCAUGGUAUGCGGGAGCGGAGUCAGAAUAGGCACCACUUCCUGUUUUUCUCGCACAUGCACAGCUGCAAUCAAACUUCGCUUCUCUUUUUGUUUUUGUUUGUAUUUUUUUUCCCAUGUAUUUAUUUUAAAGGUUAAGCUUCUCCAAAAACUUUCAGAGUAGAUCCAUUCGAGAGUGAUGUGCACAACAGAUAAAUACGGACGAACAAGUAGCAGUAAUAAGACGAAUAACAAAACGCUGACUAUUAACCUAAAAAUAACAUGAAAUAAAGUGUGCACGUGUGAACGGAGGGGGACACUGAGGGGGUCUGGGUCUCACGUUUCUGUUUGCUCCACUUCCGCAGUGUAAACUCAGACUCGGCCUAUUAAUAGAGGACGAUGCGCUCGCACGGCGCGUUAAUAUUCAACUGGCCUGGUUCUCCUCUAACAGGCGUAGCACAUGAGAAGUGUGAGAACGUUUGGAGAAGUGUGUGUGUUUUUUAUAUUUUACAGUAUUCAGACAAUCCUGACAGCGUUUCCGAUUCACGUCACAUAACAUCUCAAAUAUCAGUUGUCCCUCUUUUUGCGUGAUGUUGUGAAACUGGAAGAGGGAGCUUCCUGACAGACGUUAGUGUAACGAUGCUUUAUUAGUUUAUUCACUGGUUAUCAAGCUGAUCUUUUAUUUUUAGAAGUUUUCUCUUUUUUGUGGCAUGUUUCUAUGGGUUACCUCUUAUUCUUUUGUCAAAUGCAGUCGGUUGCAGCCGGCGUUUAUUGGUGUUAAAGGUCCAACCGGCCGUGACUAAGUAGUGUUUCAUAACAAGCCCCGCAUUGAUUAUCGUGAGUCAUGUUAUAUCAUGUCAUACCAAAAUGACAUCGCCCACUUUGUUGGACUUUGCGGGUGUGUGGACACAGGUCGGGACACACUUUCUCUUUUGACUAAACGUAGAAGUGUGCGACAUGCGUGAGGACGCGAAAGUCUUUUCUGUUUUCGAGCUCUUUUUGAGAAAUCAUGAUAAGAACCGACCACGGGCCACGCAAUCCAUACAGUGACGCCAUGCUCCACCAAGAAGUCCUCAGCGCCGACCGGGUGGAGCAGAUGAGCAGGACCUACAAUGACAUCGAAGUGGUCACUCAUCUCCUGGCUGAGAGGGACAGAGACUUGGAGUUGGCGGCUCGGAUCGGGCAGUCGCUCCUGCAGAGGAACCACCUGCUGCAGGAACGCAACGAGGCCUUGGAGGAGCAGAUAGCGCAGGCCCUGGACCAGGUGCACCAACUGCAGCAUGAGCUCAACAAGAAGGACGAGUUGCUGCGGAUGGUGGCCAGCGCCUCCGAGGAGAGCGAGACCGACUCCAGCGUGUCCACCCCGCUGCCCCACCCGCCGGGGGCCGCCGCCGCCGCCGCCACCGCCGUCGCACUCAGCCAGCUGGAGACUCUGCAGUGCAAGCUGCAGGAGCUGGAGGAGGAGAACCUGACGCUGAGGUCUGAGGCUUGCCAACUGAAGAGAGACACCAUUUGCUACGAGGAGAAGGAGCAGCAGCUCGUGAGCGACUGCGUCAAGGAGCUCCGCGAGUCCAACGGUCAGAUUGUGUCUCUGACGGAUGAACUGUCUCAGAAGAACGAGGAGCUGCUCAGGCACCAGGAGGAAAUCGCUCAGCUGCUCUCGCAGAUAGUCGAGCUGCAGCACAGAGUGAAAGAGCUGGCUCUGGAGAAGGAGGAGUUCAGGAUCCACCUGCAGGCCUCCAAAGAUGCUCAGAGGCAGCUAACGGCAGAGCUGAACGAGCUGGCGGAGAGGAACGCCGAGUGCGUGGAGAUGCUCCACGAGUCGCAGGAGGAGAUCAAGGAGCUUCGCAGCAAAAACACCCCGACCGCCGGGAUGCGCCGGCACCUUUCCUACGGUCUCUACCCGAUGGACUCCCUGGCUGCAGAGAUCGAGGGCACCAUGAGGAGAGAGCUCAGCGUGGAUGAAGAGACUGCUGUUCAGGACCAAAGAAUUUCCCAGAAGCGCGUCUUCCAAACAGUCCGAUCUAUCAACGCAUCACGGGCGGCCUCAGCCACUCCUCCCAUCCCUGGCUCCAGGCAGAGCUCCCUGGUGAUGACUGCACAGCCUUUCCAGUCCACUCCCACGGACGAGGGUCGAGCGGCUCCGCCGGGCUCGUCGGGAGGGAACGACCUCACCAAAGCGAUUCACCGCCUGUCUCUGCGGCGCCAGAACUUCCUGUCCGAGCGGCAGUUCUUUCAGACGGAGCGCGAGAGGAAGCUGCAGGGCCUGUCGGGCCUGGACGCCGACGGGGAGGGCAGCGGCUACAGCUCGCCGAUGGGCAGCGCGCACUCUUUCUCCAACCUGUCCGACCUCUCCAUCAGCGUUUUUAAGACCUUCCUGCCCGAGAAGCUUCAGAUCGUCAAACCCAUGGAAGGCUCACUGACACUCCACCACUGGCAGCAACUGGCCCAGCCUCACCUGGCCACCAUCCUGGACCCGCACCCAGGGGUAGUGACUAAAGGUUUCCGCCCACUGGCUCAGGAUGCCGUGUACCACCUGUCCGACAUGGAGGAAGACGAGGAGGACGUAGAGCUCCGAGAAAUCGCCGCCCUGGAGAAGGGUGCGGCCGAGCAGGGUAAGGCCGAGGAGGACGAGGAAGAGGACGAAGGCGGCAUCACCUUCAAGGUGCGCUCUUCGUCUACGCCCGAAGACAGAAAGGACAGGAAGCAAUCUGUGUCCUCCUCCCUGGACGCGUCGUCUGGGACGCCUGCCACUUCCUCCGCAGUCCAAUCGGAUCUGACACCGCGUUACGCCGUAGAGACGUCCAGCCUGCCACCUCAGCCCAUUCCAGGAGUCUCCACAGCAACGGUCCAAUCAAGUCAGAUGUGCACCACGACGACAACGACAACGACAACAACAGCGUCUUCAUCUGUUCCAAACCCAGGGAAGUGUCUGAGCUCCACCUUCUCCACAUACACGUUCACGACCUGCCGCAUCCUGCACCCCAGUGACGUCACGCAGGUCACCUCGAGCGCUCAGUCGUCCCAGUUGGCCAACACGCCCAGCUCCAUGAGGACGGGUCCCAGCACCCCCGUGACUCCCUGCAGACUGAGUCUGGGUGAUUCCUUCCCCCCUCGGCGCCCCCCCGCGGCCCCCUGCGGCCUGGCCAAGCUGGUCCUGGAAAAGGGCAUCUCUGCACAAGUGUCCACUGACAAACCCCGCUCCUCUCCUAAACCCGUCCCCCGUCGUCCCCUCUUCAACCUCCUACCCAGCACACCCCCUAACUCCCCCACCCACUCCCCCUGUCCCUCCCCCGUGCCUAUGGAGCCCCGCAAGCAAGCUGCUGACAAUUUCCUGGCUUCACGCCCCGCAGAGCUCUUCCUCCAGGACGUUUACGGCCUGAACCUCGGCCGCGCCCCCCACCCCGACCUGCCGAGCUCCUCCCAGGAAACCCCGGCCCUCGCCCCCUCCCACAGGCCGGUCCGAGUGAGGCCCGACGCGGUCAGCGUCGGCCUCGUGGAGAAGCUGCGGCGCCUGGGCUUCGCCAAGGUGCUGCACGGCUCGGAGUCCGACGCUUCGGCGCCGCGCCAGGAUUCCGCCACGUUCGUGUCCGCGGGCGGGGGGAGCCUGCUGGACGGCCUGAGGCGCAACCAGAGCCUCCCGGCGAUGAUCGGCGCCCGGGCGGGAAGGUCGACCGCUAACCCCGCACCUCCUCCUCCUCCUCCUCACCCCACGUCCCUGGCUCUCCCCCCACCAUCAUGGGGGAACCUCAAGGAACGCCGUCGGCACCUUGCCCCCGUCUCCCACCCCCCUCCGAGUUCAGCCAAACGCUGAGGGAAGCCUCCUUUAUAACUCCACCCCCACCAUCUCUUCUCCUUUCCGCCUUCGGAGAGAGACGUCAGGGCAUCAGUGAGCAGAACAAUCCCUCCUUUUUAUGACUUCAUUUUAAAGCACAAUUGAACUAUACUGACUGUUUUUAGUGAUACCGCAGUGUCUGUGUAGAUGUCCGCCAUGACGCUUGUUAAUAAGGCCUUAGCAUUGCCCGGGCGGGUUCUCCGCUUCUCAGUCGUGUGAUAAAUAGGGUUCCCCGGCGAGGCUCCGGAUGUUCAGCUGGGGAGGGGAAAGAUGAGACAAAGUGUAAGUGUAUGAGGGUUUGAGAAAGUGGAUUAGAAAAGAGUGAGGGAAGUGUUUGCAGCGGCGUAAAGAGAGGUCUUUGCAUGUUAGUUUGAGUCAGAAGAGAAGGACGGUGAAGAGAUACGAACAAUUGAGCAUCCGGGGUUUUGCUAUUUCAAGGGCUUGAGGGUUGGAUAAGCUAGUCUGUGACGGUAUCACACCAACCCGUAACGCAGCAAAUUCUUAAACGGCACCAUCUUCAGCGAAACCUUUUAGAGUCCGAGGUGGUUUUAUGACUUGAGGGCGAGCUGUGAGGCUUUUAAGUGCUUGCUGGGUUAAUAGCGUACUGCCAGGCUAACCUGAGAGCCUUGAAACACGCCAGUAUUAACAUUAGAACGAUUUUACAGUGAUGUGCACGCAUGUCCGGUAACCGUCCACGUGGCGUGCGCCAGCGCGUGCAUGGAAAACAACUUUGCCUACAAAGUCCCAGCAUGCACCUGUCUGCAGACGGGUGGGGCCAGGCUGAAGGUGAGGUCAAAACCAAAUCGAGGUAGGGGAAGAUGAAAGCCUUUCCCUUCAGGUUGUGAUUUGUGCGUGUGUGUGCGUGUGUUUUUUUUUUUUCUAAAUGGUAUGAGGCCUUAAGUAGAAGCCAGCACUGUUCUGAGUUGAGUUCCAGCGAAGCCAUGUUUGUAUAUAGGUCGUGUUCAUUUUGGGGGAUCACCGCUUGGUCGAAAACGUUUCACCACGGCUCGUAAAAAAGAGGAUUUAUUUGCUUGUCUCAGGCCCGUGUGACAUUCAGGUUCAGUCGGUUAAGAGGGGAAUAACCACUUAUUUUAGUUGCAUAUCACACCCAGGUUGUUCAGUUUAAAAUUAGCUUUCCUCAAGGACAUGCGCGGUUCACACAGUGGCCACCAGAUGGGAGUGUUGCUUUAGGAAAACACCCGUCAGUUAAUUCCACAUGCUACUAUGAUUAUGAUCUUGAUUACGACCCCCGUGACCAUUCAGCCCUCCGUGCUACUGUCCCUAACGUCCACCCACAACCCUCCCACUUAGUAACUGCACUUUUCCUUUUGUAUUUAACCUUUUUCUUUUACUGACGGCACUGUUUGAAUUAUAGACUCUAACAUAUUAACGAGAACAUUUAGCGUAACGGCGUGCCUGUUGUAACGAUGUCAGCUAACAUUUAGUUGUAAAGAUUUUAAUAUAUGUAUGUUUUUUGUUUUUUGCUUUCCAUAUGAAGGGAAUCCAAAUUAAGCUAAAGGUGUUUUUUAUUUUAUUUAGACAUAAUGUAUCAUGUGAUGUAUUCUAAGGUUAUUGGCGAUAUUUCAAAAUAAAAGGUAGAAGAGCGGGAUUCAUGGGAUUGGAGAGAAGAAGGAAAGCACAUUCAGUUCUGGUCAUAAAAUGUUCAGAUUAGCCGUCAUAUCUGUCCCUGCCGAGCAGGAAGUUCAGGUUUUUUUGUCUUUGGCUGAAAUAGAAAAUGUCCCGUGACUUCUUCAUAUCCUCCCCUCUGAGUUCUCGAUCCUCUCAUGGCUAUUAUAGGUUGCCUCUUUUUUUUUAAAAUAAAGCAAUGGAAACAAA